AUGUCGGGCCAGCCGGGGAGUGAGGCUUCUCCAAACCGGCGCCCUCCAUGGACCGGGAGAAAACCUGAAACCUUGCGAGGCCUUCUGCUUGAGGGGAGAUGGCACUGCGACUGUGACCCCCGCCGGAUAGCAAAGCAUUUCGAGACAAAAAACGGCGGCAAAUACCAUGGAAGAUGGUUCUAUACUUGUCCGAAGUCACGAGAUAUGGGAUGCGGAUUUUUUCUGUGGAGCGAUGAGGCAAAGGAACGAGAGCCAGCACAGAAUCCAACAGACGCUUUGAAGAAGAGCUCCGACGCGCAAGAGGCAGAGCCAGCCAAAGUCCGACCUGAUAGCAUAAAACCAAGCCCCGCAUUACAUACACCAAAGGCGAACCGUAUCCGCGAGUCCAUAUUACGUGGUGGGCUUCUAACGCCAGAGUCCCAGGUAAAGAGAAAAAGAGAUGCAGAUAUAACCGAUUAUUUGGAUAAAUAUCAAAGCCCUACCAAAAAAGGGCGGCUGGAUUUACCUACAUCACAGGCAGCGGAGCAGGACACCUCAUUCACCACCGUCCCGAAUAUUUCCUACCCUUCUUUGACUUCCAGGCUUGAGGCUUUAGAUUCCGAACCAAUACCACAACCCGUAUUCCUCACUCCUAGGAAAUCAACACCACCACCAAGAAGUGAAACCGCUCCUGGCCAGAAAACCUCUCUUGGACUCCCUACCACUCCGACUCCUUCUCGCUUUACGACAUCGCCCCUUUUCUACCAUUCGGCAGAGAAGGUUAAUAAAAGAUCACAGUACUGUGAGACAGCGGCUAAGGCUUUUGGAAUACUUGAGGCUCAUAAGAUCAAUGUUACGCCCAAGGCAAAGGAAGAAUUGGCGGAAUUUCUUGAUAGGAACGACCUAAAGACUCUAGGGAUCAUUAAGGGAAGGGAUAUCUCGAGGCUAGCAAUCAAGAGCCGAGAAAAUCGCAUAGAAGCGUUGGAAAGUCGGAUUUCGGUGUUAGAGGCAGAGAGGGAAUCUUGGAAAGCAUUGUCCUUCAAACCAGGCAAUAAACCCUCUCCUCAGAUUCGCAGCAGCAGUCAUGGUGGGCUUGGGGAGGGGUUGUAG